CCAUGACUCCAGGGCCUCUUACAGAGGCUGGACACUCUGCAGCCCUGCAGCAGAUGACAUCUCAUCCAACAUACAUUGAGGUGACACCUCCACAGGCAGAGCAGGUGCUCGCUCAGCAUCCAGCCAUGACUGAGUUCACAGUUCAACCUCUGGAUCUGGAACUUUCACUAAGUCCAGAACCUGAUACAGAGGCUCAACCUUCUCCAACCAUGCAAGGGACCCCAACUUGGCCUCCAGAGCCCCAUCAGCCUUCAUUGUAUCAGGAGGUGACAGUUCCCACACCAGACCAGGAUCACCCUGAGCAUCUAAUGUUAUCUAGUGUCAUAGAUAAACCUUUGGAUCUGGAGCUUACCGUGACUUCAGAACCUACUACGGAAGCUGAACAUUCCACAUCGCCCCCUCCAGAACGCCCUGAGGUGACACUCACCCCUUUAAGCAUCACUCCAGUCACAGUUCACACUGUGGACCUGGAAGUUACUGUAACUGGAGCAUCCAGUGUGGAUGUUGAACCUUCUCCAACCAAGCAGGAGACCCCAACUCAGCCUCCAGAGCCACCAAAGGAGGUUGUUAUUGAAUAUCCACCCCAUCAGGAGGUGACCAUUCCAACUUCAAGUAAGGGUCAAGGUCAGCACACAACACCGUCCAGCGUCACACCUCAUCACGUAGACCUGGAGCUAACCAUGACUUCAGAACCUGCUGUGGAGGCUCAACAUGCUACAGUCCUCCGGAAGACUACAGCUCCUCCUCCUGAGGUGGCACUUGCACACCCAGACCUGACUCGAGUCACAGUUCCACCUGUAGGUCAGGGAGAUACCAUAACUCGGCACCCAGGGUCACUGAAGACACCUGCUUCAGCUGAGCCUUCGGUGGUGCAUUCUGUACCAUACACCUCAGAAAAGGAGCAACCGAAACAGAGCGCUCCCACAAGUGUGAACAUCUGUGAGCUCUGCAUCUGCAGUAAUGAGAGCUUGUCCUGCACUGGUCUCAGCCCAGAGGAGAGGCUCCAGACCGUGCCCGUGCCGCAGCCCAGCAACUACAACGGCACCUUCACCAUCCUAGAUUUCCGAGGAAACUCAAUUUCUUACGUCGAUGAGAAUACCUGGAAGCCUUACCGCUGGACGGAGAAACUAAUUCUCAGAGAUAAUUCUUUGACUGAGUUACGUAAGGAUUCAUUUAAAGGCUUGCUAGUCCUCCGGUAUUUAGAUUUAUCUUGCAAUAAAAUAAAGUUUAUUGAACGCGGUACAUUUGAAUCACUACCUUUUCUGGAGUUUGUCAAUCUUGGUUGUAAUUUAAUAGUAGAUCUGAGCUUUGGAACGUUCCAGGCCUGGCAUGGAAUGCAGUUUUUACAGAUGAUAAAUCUCAGUCAUAAUCCUUUGACAAAAGUUGAAGAUUCUUAUCUUUUAAAAUUACCAGCAUUACGAUAUUUGUAAGUAUUGCAACAGUCUUAUGGCUCUUGAGUUGAUUUCUGCUCUUUUUUAGUUUCAUCAGAGAUUGAGGAUUUUGGCUAAGAAGUCAUAAUUUAAAUUUUAAAUGGGUUAUUGAGGUAAGAGUUGUUGGUAAAGAAAAGGAGUACGAAAGAAUGUACAUGGGUAAGACAGCCAGCAGUGGAAGAAA